CAUGCUCCGUGACAUUCGGCAUUCCAAUUUUCCAAUGUCUGCUCUGCUUUAGCGCUUCACUAAUAUAAUUGGUUCUUGGUUUGUACUUUGUAGACAAAAUUCAUUUAGCCGACUAGCCGAAGUUACAAAAAUAAGUUUUAUUGAAGAUUGCAGCUAUAAUUUUUGUACAAGAUGGCUCGUCGAUACGAUACUCGUACAACAAUCUUUUCUCCAGAAGGUCGUUUGUACCAAGUAGAAUAUGCUAUAGAAGCUAUCAGUCAUGCAGGAACCUGCUUAGGAAUCUUGGCAAAUGACGGAAUUUUGUUAGCAGCUGAAAAAAGAAACACAAAUAAACUCUUAGAUGAAGUAUUUUUCUCUGAAAAAAUUUACAAGCUCAAUGAUGAUGUAGUCUGUUCAGUAGCUGGUAUAACAUCAGAUGCAAAUGUUUUGACAAAUGAACUGCGUUUGAUAGGACAAAGAUAUUUGCUGCAGUAUGGAGAAACUAUUCCUUGUGAACAAUUAGUUUCAUGGCUCUGUGAUGUAAAGCAAGCAUAUACUCAGUAUGGUGGUAAAAGGCCAUUUGGUGUAUCAAUUUUGUACAUGGGGUGGGACCGUCAUUAUGGAUAUCAAUUAUAUCAGUCUGAUCCUAGUGGAAAUUAUGGAGGAUGGAAAGCCACUUGCAUAGGCAACAACUCUGCCGCUGCAGUAUCUUCUUUGAAACAGGAAUACAAAGAAGGAGAAAUGACUUUGAAAGAUGCUAUGGCUCUUGCUAUUAAAGUUAUGUCAAAAACUUUGGACAUGAACAAACUUUCUGCUGACAAAGUGGAAAUGGCAACCUUGACACGCAUAGAUGGAAAAACGAAAACAAGAAUUUUGCCAGCUAAUGAAGUUGAGGCAUUGAUUGCUGAGCAUGAAAAAUUAGAAGCAAUUGCAGAGGCAGCAAAGAAAGAGAAACAGAAGAUUUAGGUUAUUUAAUUAAGCAUUUGAAAAUGCUAAAGCGGCUAUUAUGAUAUAAUAUGGCGCAUUUCAUUUUUUUAUUGUAUGUAAAUGAAAUAUAUUUAAAAUUUUUGAUUUAACUUCAGUAUUAUAUUUUUACUCAUUCAUUUGUCAAAGGUUCUUAUCAGCGUUUAACAAUAACUAAGCUGUUUUGGUCACGAAAUGCUGCUUUAAUUAUUUUUUGCCGAUUUAAAAAAAAGAGCAUGUUUGGCAUUCUCGAUAUGAAUUUAAAAAAUUUGUUAUGUAUGUAUGUUCGCAUAUAUCUCUCGAAAGGUUCAGCCGAUUUUGAUGGGGAUGGGCUCAUUUAAAAGGGUAUAUUAGUAAGUUGGUCCUAUUUUAUUAUUGACUUGAUUAAAGAAUGACUUUUCAAGUAAAUGCAAAAAAAUAAAGACGAAGUCAGUCUCUUUUUAGGAAAAAUUAUUUGUUACAGUGAAACUAGUUGGGUUCUGACAUUUAUGUCUUUUAUUACAUUCGAUUAUUUUGAAUGAUUAAAAUAUAUAGGGGUCUUUUAUAGUCAAUAUUUCUUUUACUUUCCAUUUUUCAAUGAUUUAAAUAAUCUGGGUUUAUUCUACUAGCUUUGAAGUUUAUAUUUAAGUCUUUUAUUGUCAUUUAAUUACUUGUUUAAAUAAAAAAUGAGCCGAUUGUCAGUUUAAAUUUCUGUGAUACGUCCUUUAAACUAACAGAGAAAAAUGAUGCUUGCAGAAUAUUUGUCGAUAUAGACAAUUAGAUUAUUAUUCAUUUCAGUUUAAUAUUGCAUAGAUUUCAUUUAAUCAAAGUAAAAAUCGCACAAGCCACCAAAAUGUGAAAAAAUGAAAUUUAUUACAAAAUAAGUACAAUUAUUACAUAUAGAACAUAAUAAAAUACCUUGGACUGUGACUUAAUUUUAGCGCUACUUUAAUAAAAACGGUAAUUUGAACGUUGAACAGCCAAUAAUCACUCUGAAAUUAAUUUUUGAAUAAAUCAUGAUAUAUCUUUAUGAUAAUCACUUAAUCAUUGAAAUGCUUUAUUUGAUAAAUGCUGUCAAUCUUCUUUACCGUUUGCCAUUGUCCAUUGAUUGAUUUAAAAUAUUUACCAUAUCUAAUCUUUAGAUACGGUGUAAACACUCUAGUCACUCUUGUGUAGUAUAUAUAAGUGAGCAUAAUAAAAAAAUGAAAUACUUUAGAUAUUAA